AUGCCGGUUGAUCAACGAAGAAUUAAUGGUCCCGAAGUGACAGUACCUUAUCAAAUUUAUGUUGAUUCGACUAGUAGCAAGACAGAAAAUCCGGAGAAAUUUUUAAAAAAUAGAAAAGAUGGGAGACAAAAUCAGGAGCUUAGAAAAAUAUUUAUUAAAACUGGAGUCGUCAGCCAGGCCAAAGGAUCCGCGUACAUAGAAUUAGGAAAAACCAAGGUGAUAUGUUCAGUUUUUGAUCCACGAGAUGUUCCUAAUAAAUCUGGGUACAGUUGCCAUGGCAAUUUAUAUUGCGAAUUUAAAUUCGCGUCUUUCUCUUGCGCUAAAAGAAGAAUUCAUCAGCAGGAUGCUGAAGAGAAAGAAUUUAGCUUGAUAAUGCAGAGAUCACUGGAACCAGCGGUUUGUAGGGGUAUUUACGCGGACACUGUGUUCCUGGAUCCAACUACCGACGAAGAAGAACUUUGUAUGAGUGUUCCCUCAAAAACCCACAAGUCUAAAAAUCACGGGAUAAUUAUGCAAGCGAGUCUUUUGCAGAAAAAUCAAGUUUCCGAGUUUUAUUUUGUGGGAAAUAUUAAUCUCGAUGCAAUGCAAUCUACCAUGGAAGCAUUGACCAAAGCCAGCGAAAACCUUUCUUUAGUAACUCAGCAGUACUUGGUUAAACUUGCAUUGAAAAAACAUAAAAAUAAUAUUAAAAAUUUAGAAUAA